UUAAUCCCAGAAUGCAUCACGGCUGAUGUUUGGAUCCUGGGAAUUGUAGUCCUUAAAUUCGUUUCCUUAUUUAGCCUACCUUAGGUGGUGGAAUCUGUUCUUCAUAGGAAAACACACGUAUAAAUAUUGAUCAGGGUUGUGUGACUUUAUGGAAACAUGUCAAAGAAGCGGGGCAGGAAGCGUAGCAGCGAGGAGUUGAGCGAGAGCUCGGCCUCCACUUUGAGCCCCGACCCGGACAACCUGCUGGGCCGUAGAAUCCAGCACAACUGGAGGGAGAAGGGCAACGUGACCAAGUGGAAAGGCACGGUUCUGGAGCGGCUGACCGUCAACAGCUCCCUUUACAUGGUCAAAUACGACGGCUUCGACUGCGUCUAUGGCAUCGAGUUGUUCAAAGACAGUCGAGUGUCAAAUCUGCAGGUGUUGGCCGAGAAAGUCGUGAAUAAUAAGAUCAAGGUGCCUCCUGGGGCGGAGGAGCUGGUCGGACGGGCGGUGGAACAUCUGUUUGAGAAGGAGGACGGCGAGAAAAACGAAUGGAGAGGCAUGGUGCUGUCUCGGGCCCCCAUCAUGACCCACUGGUAUUACAUCACCUACGAGAAGGACCCCGUGCUCUACAUGUACCAGCUGUGGGACGAUUACAAGGACGGCGAUCUGCGUGUUCUUCCUGAAUCAGAGAACAAACACCUGCUCCCAGCAGACAGGAAGCCGGGGGAGGAGCCAGAGAGCCUCGUGGGCAAACAGGUGGAGUACGUCACAGAUAACGGUUUGAAGAGGACGGGCCUGGUCAUCUAUCAGGUCCCCGCCAAGCCCACGGUGUACUACAUCAAAUACGACGACGACGUCCACAUCCACGUCUACGACCUGGUUAAAACCACCUAGGACGAGUACUGACAGCCCCCCCCCCCCCCCCCAGCCAUUUUGACUCGCCCAGUCGUUACCGGUUGAAGUGUUAGCGACUUUUCUUCCCCCGAACCGACAAAGCCCCCGCCCCCUGACAACCCCCCCUGCCCCCCCCCCCCCCCACACACACACACACAGCUGGAAGGAAUUGUUGCCGAAGAUAACCUUUCAUUUCCCCUCCUCGCCUCACAUGCAUUACCGGCUUGAGGACAGUCAAUGACAACGAAGGCAUUUUCAAUGUAAAUGCAACCAUUGUACAGCCCGGCGGGUGACAGAGUUGUUGAGUUCUUCGACAAGGGGCCAAGUUCAACACUAAAAUUCUUUUUCUUACACUUUCACGCAUUGUAAUAUUCUUCAUACGGAAUAUCUGGCUGUUCCUGUUGUGCUUUUACGUGUCUUACUGGGUCAAUUGAAUAUCAAAAGUCCGAUUCAUUUUGAGCGACGUGCCCAUUUGACCGUCGCGGUGAACUCAAGAUUUCAGUUGAAUUGUAUAGAAAUUGAUUGUCACAGAUCAUAAAAAAAAAAAAGAAUAACUGUAUCAUAUUUCUGUGCUAUUGUGUAAACUGCAAGUUUUCUACUCUCUAGUAAUAUAUCAUAUGUAUACUAAUGUUGAUGUCUGCUUCAACAGUGUUUGUGCUCCAUGCUAUUUAUGUUAAAUUGGCGAGCAACAUUUUCGUUUUGAAGCCAAUCAUUAUUUGCUGAAACUAAAUUGUGCGCUUAUGGCCUCGAAAUAUUGUAACCGCUUACUAUUGUGAUGUAAAUAUGAAUGGAAUCAUUUUUAUGAAGCUAAUCAAAGAUGUUUGAAAAUCA